UGUUGUCCGGAAUUGAUGUUGUCAGAGCAGGAGAUGUUCUUUCGGGAAAAGGCUGCUGAUGACUUCACCGUAUCUACCCAUCCGAAAAUGGACAGGAAGAACGCGAGCUCUAGCUCUGGCGCUGGCGCUUCUCCGAUUGGAGAAACUCCUCAAGAGAAAGGGUUGCCUUACUUGCCGGGAUGCUACAAAGUUCGAUCUUCAGACAUGCCUGAAAAGGCCUCGAAGGCUGUCGAAUUUCCCCUCGUCGAUUUGGCAGGGAUGAAUGAUCCGGCACGGAGAAAGACGCUGGUUGAAGAAAUCGGGAGCGCCUGUUUCCGGAAUGGUUUUUUCCAUGUCGUUAACCAUGGGAUAUCUCAGGCAGCCAUGGAUGGAGCUCUUGCUGCUGCAUCUGCUUUCUUCGACCUCCCGACAAAGUGCAAGUCCCCAUUCAUGUCAAACGAUGUCCACAAGCCGGUUAGAUACUGCACGAGCUUGAAAGACGGCAUUGACACCGUUCAGUACUGGCGCGCCUUCCUCAAACACUACGCGCAUCCUCUCGAUCGCUGGAUUGAAAUGUGGCCUCUUCAACCUCCGGAUUACAGAGAAAAGAUGGGGGGAUACGUCGAGGCAAUGCAGAAGCUAGCCGAGACGAUCACCGAGCUGAUAACAGAGUCGCUCGGGCUUGGGCCAAAGUACCUAACGGCGAAACUCGAUGAAGGGAUGCAAGUCGUGACGGUGAACUGCUACCCGGCGUGUCCCCAGCCAGAGCUCGCCCUCGGCCUGCCCCUGCACUCGGACUACGGGUGUGUCACGAUAGUGCUGCAGGACUCGCCGGGGCUUCAAAUCCUCGACAGGGACGACGACGACUCAUGGAGGGUCGUCCCGUCGAUCCCGGGCGCCCUCCACGUCCAAGUCGGGGACCAGAUCGAGGUCCUGAGCAACGGGAGGUACAAGAGCGUGCUGCACCGCGUCGCUGUGAACCACGAGAAGACUCGGAUUUCGAUCGCAGGUCUGCAUGGGCUCAGAAUGGACGUGAAGAUGGAAGCCGCCGCGGAAAUGGUGGACGGCGACCGCCCCAACGGGUACAACGCCAGCAGUUUCCGGGACUUUCUGGAUUUUAUCGCCGAGAACGAUAUUGCGCAAGGCCGGAGGUUUAUGGACAACAACCUUCGGCUCCGGCGAUGAAAUGUAGCCGUUGUUGUUCGGAGGUUUUCUUCAUUUCUCGAUCCCAUUUGUGGUGUUAGUGUUUUUUCCUUGGGCUGUUCUCGUAGUCAGAGGAUGGACGAUUUUAUGACGUAGGAAUAUGCGGUCGUUAUUUUUUUUAUAUUUUUUAUGUAGGAAACAAGUUGAAUUUGAAUCCAAGAUUGUCCUGACUGACAGUCGA